AUGGAGAAAAUCUGGAACGGCACGUUCCGAUUAACACAGGUGCUCACCGGACACGGCUGUUUCGGUCAGUACCUGCAUCGGAUUGGACGCGAAGUAACAGCGCAGUGUCAUCACUGCAGUGACGAUGUGGACGACGCCCAGCAUACGCUGGAGGAGUGUCCCGCGUGGAUCCCGGAACGACAAACCCUGGUCUCAGAGGUCGGGGAUGACCUUUCUCCCCCUGCCAUAGUUGCGGCUAUGCUGUCGGGAGAAAGGCAAUGGAAGGCGAUGGUCGCUUUCUGCGAGUCUGUCAUGACUCAGAAAGAGGCCGCGGAACGGGACCGGGAGAGGCUGGAUCCCGCCUGGAGAAGGAGACGUCGGCGACGUGCGGUGGCGGUGGUAGCCGCGGCUGUCUAG